CGGCGUUCCCGGAAGCAGUUUACCAGUUCCGGGUCGUUGUCAGUGACGCUCUCGAGCGGUCGCCAGGGCUGCCUGAGAUGUCGACUAUUUGGUUCUGGCCAGCGCGUCAGGCCCUUGCAGGAUCAGCGCCGUAGACGCAGAUUGGAUUAGGAGACCGGCUUAAUCUUAGAGUCUUCUGAAAUAAAAUUAGAAUGGAUGCCUUACAGGAAUAUUCCCAUAAUUCAUUUGACCUGCAGUGUCUGUUAAAUUCAUUUCCCGGAGAUUUGGAGUUUAAGCAGAUCUUCAGUGACAUUGGGGAACAGAUAGAGCAAAAUGCUGCAAGUAUAGAACAUUGCAUUGAAGAAAUACAGUCUGAAGUAAACAAGCUCUGUCCAGAUGUGCAGCUGCAAACAACAAGUGACUGCUUCAAAUGGCUAACUAGUUAUAAUUAUAAUUUAUCUAAGUCACCAUCCAUUUCCCAUGGAGAUUUAAUAAACUUCCUCAAAGCAAUGAAAGAUUUAUUGAAUAAUGAAGAAAACCAUGAAGAAAUGAUUCUGGAUUUACUCUGGGACCUCUCCUGUCAAAGCAGCAUCUCAUUCCUGUCUUCUCUGGGUGGGACAACCUUCUGUCACCUCUCCAGGACUUCCAUACAUUCUGUUGAAGAUUUCUCCUCUGUGGAUGUAAAGUCUGUUUGGGAUGAUGUAAGAUUACAUCUUCGACGAUUCUUAGUAAACAGGUUAGAAAGAUAUAACGAGAUAAACAAUUCACAGCAAAAAAUUGAACUGAAAAAUCAGUGUCUGAAGCAAUUCCUCUUGCUCUACUCAGAAUCAGAAGUGCUUGUCAAGUACCAAAGCAUCCAGAAGAGACUGCUGGAUACAUUUCUGCAAGACUCCUUUCCUUCGUGCGACAGAGAGUCAGAUUUAGAAAGAAUUGUGUGUGGAUACCAAAGUACAAUGCUCAUGUUAUAUUCAAUGAUAAAAGAGGAUUUUAAUGUACUAUGUGAAAUUUUAGCUCCAUCAUCACUGGUGCAGUUCAUUAAUGAAACUUACCUGGAUACGGUUACAGAAGAAAUGACAAAAAUUCUUGAAUAUUUUUGUGAGCUGCAGUUCAAAGAAAAUGCUGUUCCUGUAGUUAAAACAAGCAAGAGCUGCAACAAGCACAGAGGAGCAGUGCAUGCUUUGGUCAGCCCUGAAUGCUCACAGAAGGAAAGACACCCUUCUCUAUCCUUAGAAGAACUCAGAUUCUUAUCACAGCUAACAGAAUCCUUUGUGAAGCUGGAAAACAGCAUUCAGGAGCUGUUUGAAGAAACACUUUCAUUGCUUCAGAUGCCCAGGAGUUCUCCAGGAAUAUUGGAGAAAUCUAAGAGGGAAGUCAUGGUAGAGAAGCUUAUAGCAAACGAAAACAAUACAGCACCAGAGGCAUUAUUACCAGUAAAAGAGACUACUUUACUAGAGUUUGGCUGGAGAAAUGCAUUUAAAGAAGUACCUCUUGCCAUAGCACACUGCAUAUCUGCAGCCAUUGAAGGGUUUUCCACCAAAGUUCUCCAACAGGAACAAACUGAAAGGUCCUCAUCUGUGAGCUACACUAUAAACCUUGUAAAUGUCCCACAACUUUGGCCAGAAGGUCACAUAUUUCCAGGGGAGGAGCAACCAAAGAGAGUCGCCAAGUUUUGUUCUGACAUCAUGGAAAAGCUUGAUACAAUGCUUCCACUGGCCCUGGCAGGCCGAGAUGAUUCUCCUCAGGAAAUUAGAGAGAACAUGCUAGAGGCAUGCGGUAAAGUGGCAACAGCUGUCCUGGAAAGACUGCAGGAGAGAGGAAAGGAGGUUCCUUCCCGAGCACCACUGAGGAACCUGCACAUCAUCCUGUCCUCAGCAGCAUAUGUCUCUCAGCGGUUCACUCACUAUGAUAAUCUGAUGAAAGAGACAACGAAGAAACCCAUAUUCCUGGUGCCUGUCCAGCGCUAUCAGGAAUUCAUCAACACUGUCCAGUUUCAGGUUACGGACUACUGCGCCAGAGUUUGUGCUAUGAGCAUUUUACAGGAUGCUGAGAGCCACCACUGGGAUGACUACAAAGCUUUUUAUGAGGGGGAAAGAUGCUCCUUCGCCAUCCAGAUGUGGCAUUACUUCAGCUUGGCUCUGCAUCAUGAUCUCUGGACCAUACUGCCCCCUAAGCUGGCCCAGGAGAUGCUAGCCGAGAUGCUGGAGAAAUCCGUGGGUCUACUUGCCUCCAGAUAUGCUCGGGCCCACCCCAGUCCUAAGAGAACUGCACAGAUAAGACUUGAUGUCAUGGCAAUCUUAAUAUUCACUGAGAACAUGUUAUGGUCCAUUUGUACUUCUGGACAGGAAAUUUUGAAUCCUCAUAAAUUUAACAACCAUAAAAUUUUUAAAAUUCAUACUCAUUGCAACAAUCUCUUUACAACAUUAGCAAUUUUGACAUCACCAUUAACCGAAUUAUAUAAGACUUUUCAGCACGGUGUCGAUGAAUCAGCUUCAAAUUCCUUAACUCCAUUGUUUAACCAGCCAUUACACUGGAUUUCGUGCAUAUCACAGUUCUACCCUUCUCUCCUCCGGCCUCCAUCCGUGGGUGGACUGACAGCCCAGGGUCAGUUGAAACUGCUCUUAUCGCAGCCUUGCUGUAAGUGGAACCUGCUGCUGGACACCCUGCUUCACAGUGGCGGCCUCAUACCGAGAAUCCUGUUGAAAAGUUCAAAACAAGCUGCUGGCAUGGAGAGUAAGCAGAGUGCAGGUGGUAGCCUGGUGGACGCCAUCUUUCAAGUUCUGUACCAUUGUCACUUGUCCCCACAGACAUUUGGAAAUGUUUUUAUGAGUCACAUGGAAGAAGAACAACUAUGGGACUUUUUAUUCAACAUUCCAGUCUCAUCGUUCACAGAGUCUCAGCCAGAAGUCAUCCACUGUCUUAGACUGGCACUGAUGGACUCUGUCAAGGACACUGUGCAACAGAUAAUAUCUAUCUUGAGAUGUUGGAGAAACAGCGAGACAAACCUAAACAAGCCCCGUGUUCCUGAUCAUCUGCUUCAGAGCAUUCCACAAGAAUGGAAUUAUAUCCCAAGAGAGUCCAAAGGGAAAGAGUCAAAUAAAGGCAUCACGGAGCUUGCUGCUCAGGCAGUGUCUAUUGUCCUCAGCAAGUUACCUACAGUGAUUGCAUGCUUGCCUCCCACAAUUAAAUACUUCUUUUUUCUGUCUGAGAGAAAAAUGUCAAAAAAUUUGGCUGAAUUGAAGAAAGCUGGCCUGCUUGUCUGGAACUUGAUUAUAAUUAUAUGUCGGAUAUUUGAGGAUGGGAACACCGUGGAACGUUUAACAGGUUCCUCCCUUGACAGAUGGAGUAAGGAGAAACUGGGUUUAAUUUGCUUGUGUUUGGAAAGUAUCCUGGGAAAGCAAAGCAAUCCUAGUCAGCUGACCCAAAAGGUCAUCCUGAGCAUCGAGCGGCAAAAACCCAAUUGGAUGGAGCAACAGCUUCUGAAAGCAAGGACACUGAGCAUCCAAUGUGCAUUCACGAGGAUGGAGGAAAACUCAGGCUCAGAAGGAGAAGCUGCUCUUGAACUGACUGAGCAGAAAACAAAUGCGAUGGUCCUGGAUCUCUGCCACAAACCAGGUGGCAGCAAGUACCUGCAGCAAAUUUAUCACAUCAUGCAGCUCAAUGAGGAAUAUUUAAAAGAACAACUGUUUUCUAUGAAUGGCUCAGAAGAAAAGCCAUUGCUCAUCAGACCUUUGAAGGUAGCCUUGAGGAAUGAAGAUCAGCCUCCUGCUUUUAACCCUUUCCAUGUGCAUAAGGUGGUCAGUGAAAGCAUGCUAGAUCAGGUGGCCACAGUGACACAGUGCUGCGACUGGUCAAACUUGCUGCCAAAUUACCUAGGACUGGAUAAGAUGACCUUCGGUGCACUACUCAAAAACAGGUGGGAAAUGAGGAAAGGUGAAACACUAGAAGAGAAAGAAAAAAUGAUGCUUGAACAUUUAAAACAGAACUGUACCAUGCAGGACUUUUGCACAUCAGACAGCGAAAACGAACAGUAAUCUGCAGAAAAACAGCAACAGCUUUAUUUUAGGAAAUUGUCUCAUACAAUGAAGGCUUUUUGCCCUCCUCAGAAGGAGGAUAGGGUACACCCAAUAGUCUCUGUACUGAAAGAAUCACAGGAAUAAAAAAUAAAAGGCUCCGCAUUUCUUAUUUUAAAAAUAAGCUCAAAUUGUUUUUUUUUUCCACAAUCUUUCGCCUUAUAUGAUAAAACUGCUGCCAUCUCGUGUUUCCUUUGAGUUUUUUUUUUCUUUCUUUUAGUAUGGAAGUUAUCUAUGACAACAGGCAAAAUGUUUGGAAGUAGUUUCCUAGGGAUUUCUUACAUAUAUUUGGAUGUUGAGUUGAUUGGAAUCCCCCUGAAAGUCAUCUGAAAAUUACAAUUUAAUUUUGAAGCUAUAGCCCAAAUCUGGAUCUUAAUUACCUUUAAUACUCAUGAUUGAGCCAGUUCCCACUUACCAUAUAACCUUUUCUUCACCCACUCUAAAUCAUAACACUAAAAAGCACUGUCUAGCACUGUUAGCAGCAUCAGUCACAUGCCUGUUUGUGAUGGUUGUUGCCUUCCUCCUAAAUCUCACUCCGUUCUUAUGCUUCCACCUCCUAGGCCAAGUGGCUCUAAUUCAGGCAACUCCUGGCAUCCUUUUGGCUCAACC